CGUUCAUUUAAAAAAAUCCAGAUCUCUGGUGUUUCUCUGAGGUAAAACGGGGGUAAAAAAAAAAUCAUGAAUAACGGACCGCGUUGUGUAGUAUGGUACUAUGGCUGAGUCGAGCAACUCGAGCCUUUCGCACACGGUUCCGAACGGGUCCAGUCGCCACGAGAAGAGUUUGGGACUCCUCGCUAUCAAAUUCGUCACAUUGCUUCAAGAGACCAAAGACGGCAUCCUCGAUUUAAAAGUGGCUGCGGAGAGCCUGGCCGUCAGACAGAAGAGAAGGAUUUACGACAUCACGAACGUCCUCGAAGGGAUCGGGCUCAUUGAGAAAAAGACGAAAAACACCAUCCGAUGGACGGGAGAGAGUUCAGGCUGCCAGCCUCAGGAGAUCCUAGAGCACGUGGAACUUCUGAAAGCUCAGAUAUCUGAGCUGGAGAGGCAAGAAAGGGAGCUGGAUAUGCAGAAAGCAUGUCUGCAACAAAGCGUCAAACACCUACAGGAAGACCCCAACAGCAGCAGAUAUAAUUAUGUGACUCAUGAGGACAUAUGUGACGUGUUCAGCGGAGACACCCUCCUGGCAGUAAUGGCACCUGCAGGGACGCAGCUGGAAGUCCCCGUGCCAGAUGUGUCUCAGAAAGGCCAGAAGAGAUACCAGGUGAACCUGCGGAGCCGCUCGACUCCCAUCCAUGUGCUGCUGAUCAACAGAGAGGCUUGUGGCUCCACUCCCGUCGUCUUCUCUGUACCGCCCCUGGAUGAUAUUUGUACCAUGCCUACUCCACCCAGCACUCCUGCCAGCCUGCAGAAAUACCCCAUCUCUUCCCGUGAUUUGGAGCACACCCAGCUCAAGAGCCCCGUGCCUGGGCACCAGCUCACUCCCUUGUCCACUCCACCUGAUGUUCAUAUGGAGUGCCACUCUGAAUCCCCUGGCAGUCAGUGCUUGUUGAUGCGAGAGCCAGUUGUCGAAGCAGAGACUUCAGCACAGCCAGAAGGUGAUCUGGGAGGACAGGAUAUGCAGUCCAUGCUGGAUGUGGGAAAUCUGCUCCGACUCAACACUGUGGACCAAAUGAAGGAGGAGAGAGAGGGUGUUGCUGAUCUCAUAGAUGAGCUCAUGUCAUCUGAUGUCUUCCCCCUGUUGCGCCUCUCGCCCAACCACGGUGUGGAUUACAAUUUCAACCUGGAUGACAACGAGGGAGUGUGUGACCUGUUUGAUGUUCAGAUUCUGAAUUAUUAAGAAAAGCCUCAUUCUUCCGUGAACUUUGGCACAACUGUCUUUCCUUCCAUGGUAACACUCCAGAGCAUUGCCACUAAUUAAACAGCAACAACCGCUCUCACAACACUCACUCUGUGCUCUCCACACGCUGCACCUUGACCUGAACUCGUAUCAAUAUUCAAGUCUCUCCUUAUCGCAAUGCUUCCCCCUUCUGUUUUCCCAAUCUGACAUCAUAAACACCCAGAGUAUGAAUCAUACUGGAAACUUUUAUACCAUUAUUAGCCAGGGGUAUAAUUCAUCACCCCACAUUGAUGUCUGUUUAAUGUAAAUUGAGAGAUUGAAUCACUUUUGAUUUUUGUCUUUUUCUGUUUUUACACCGUAUAGUUACUGGAGCAUGUGCGUUAAGAUCCCGAUUCGGUUGGUUUUUUUCGCCUUUACCAAGGAGAUCUGGAACAAUGGGGGGCUUUUGCACUCGUCUGCUUGUAUUGUUUUUGAUUAAUGUUUGUAAGAAUAAUUACAGUGCUGCCUUCUUUCGAUUUUGGAAGUUUACUACUACUACUUUUUUUUUUGAAAGCUAUUUAAAAGGUUUUCUCUGUUUAAAAAAAAAAAA